AACGACAAUCAUGACUCGAGUUCCCGUCGCCCACCCUCCGCGUCUCAUUUACCGGAUAGCAACCCAGGUUCUGGGUGGUAGCAUGUGGUUCUGGAUGCUCUACCGCGCGAAGCAGGAUGGUCCCGUCCUCUUGGGCUGGGCUCACCCAUGGGAGUUGCACGGUCACGGUCACGGACACGGAGAGGAGGAGGCUCACCACUAA